AUGGAAACACACGUAGCACUUGUUGUGCUGGUAGGUUUGCCAGGUGUUGGAAAGUCAACAGUGUGCAAAAACCUGUCAUCUUAUGUAAAUGGUAAGUGCGAAGGGCAGAAGGUCCACUACAUUCAUGUGUGCUAUGACGAACUGAUUCCAUUAUCAGCCCAAGAGCGGUUUGCUCAACUUAAGCAGUGUGGUGAGGAGAUGCGUCACAGUGCGAAUGAGAACUGGAAAACUGCAAGACGUAAUGUACAUUCUAAAGUUGAUCAGCUCGUUGAGUGCCUAAAAAGUAAGAAUCUGAAUGAUUUUGUUCUUAAUUUCUUUAAUUUAUCAAAUAAGAUUAUAGAGGAAGAGGCUUUAUAUGUAGUCUUAUUGGAUGAUAAUUUUUAUUAUAGAAGUAUGAGAUAUGAAUAUUUUCAAUUGGCUAGGAAGCACACGGUUGGAUUUUGUCAGUUGUAUAUUGAAUGCACCACUGAAAUUGCUGUUCAACAAAAUUUGCAGCGAGAAACACGUGUACCAACUGCAGUAAUUGAAGCAAUGGCAGGCAAAUUACAACCACCUCUGCCAAGUGAACACAGCUGGGAGUCUGCCACAUAUAUUCUCCAAGCUGACAAUUUAGAGGAAUUGUAUAGUACAUGGAAUAUGAUAUACAAGUGCUUUACAUCACCAGUGCUUCAGUUAGAGGACCGUGAACUGGAAGUGGCAGAAUCGCGAUUAGAAUGUUCACGUAGUGUUGCUCAUCAAGCGGAUAUAUAUCUGCGGUCACUUGUUGGGCAAGUAAUAAAGGAAUCGCUUUCAAAAGGUAACAUGGGAUCAGACGAGUUGUCAGUUUUAUCUCGUACUGUAAAUGCUGGACGUCAGUCUCUCUUGGCUGAUGUACGGAGUGGGACUUUGCUCUUUCCUCCUAAUUUAGCAAAAGUUGUAAAUGAUAGCAACAGGGAAGAAUUCCAGUGCAUUCUUGAAUAUGAACUGAGAAAGAGGCUGAGAGAAUGAGGUUGCUUUGUUGAUAAUACUGUAAUGUACCAUAGAUUGGGGUAAGUGGGCCUGCAUUUAUUGUUUUAAUUUUUCAUGGUAAUUAAACACAAGUUGGAUAUUUAUUGAUCUUAUUGUUUGAUCAUGUAAAUCUAUCCUUCAGGUGGCUAUGAUAGCAAUAGAAGUUUUUAGUUAAUCAUGUAUAACAAGGAACAGCAUUCCAAAUGCUGGGCCCAUUUACCCCACAAUUUGAGGCAAGUGGGCCAAAAUGAUUUAAAUAGUUAAAUGCAGAUUUUUAAGGCAAGUAAUAUGAUACAUGACCUAGCAUACAGUCACACCAGUAAAUAAAUACUCUGGAAAAA